CUUUACGGCGGUAAACCAAAGAAUUGGCAGGGCGGUGCGGGUCCCGGCAUGAAGCUGGGCCGGGUCGUUUUGGGCCUGCUGCUGCUGGCGCCGUUAGCGGUGCAGGCGGUGGAGCCCAUCGCCCUGGGACUGGCCCUGGCCGGCGUCCUCACCAGCUACAUCUCCUACCCGCGCCUCUACUGCCUCUUCGCCGAGUGCUGCGGCCAGAAGCGGAGCCUCAGCCGGGAAGCACUGCAGAAGGAUCUGGACAACAAGCUCUUUGGACAACAUCUUGCAAAGAAAGUCAUCUUAAAUGCUGUGUUUGGCUUCCUAAACAACCCAAAGCCCAAGAAACCUCUCACCCUCUCUCUACAUGGAUGGACUGGCACCGGCAAAAAUUUUGUCAGCAAAAUCAUCGCAGAGAAUAUUUACGAGGGUGGUCUGAACAGUGACUAUGUCCACCUGUUUGUGGCCACACUGCACUUUCCACACGCCUCGAACAUUACCUUGUAUAAGGAUCAGUUACAGCUGUGGAUUCGAGGCAAUGUGAGUGCCUGUGCACGCUCCAUCUUCAUAUUUGAUGAAAUGGAUAAAAUGCACGCCGGCCUCAUAGAUGCCAUCAAACCUUUCCUAGACUAUUACGACCUGGUGGAUGGGGUCUCUUAUCAGAAAGCCAUCUUCAUAUUUCUCAGCAAUGCCGGGGCAGAGAGAAUCACAGAUGUGGCUUUAGAUUUCUGGAGAAAUGGAAAGCAGAGGGAAGAAAUCAAGCUCAAAGACAUGGAGCAUGCCUUGUCUGUGUCAGUCUUCAAUAACAAGAACAGUGGCUUCUGGCACAGCAGCUUAAUUGACCGAAAUCUCAUUGAUUAUUUUGUUCCCUUCCUCCCCCUGGAAUACAAACACCUGAAAAUGUGCAUCCGGGUUGAAAUGCAGUCCCGAGGCUACGAAAUUGACGAAGACAUUGUGACCAGAGUGGCUGAGGAGAUGACAUUUUUCCCCAAAGAGGAGAGAGUUUUUUCUGAUAAAGGCUGCAAAACUGUGUUCACCAAGUUAGAUUACUACUAUGAUGACUGAUCCCACUGGAGUCUUCAUGUGACACUGGAGAAGAAUGAAUUCAAAACUCACCUGCUUCCCCACUCUUCUCCCUGGAAGAGGAGUAAAAUGCGUUUUUCCUGUUUGACAUGACAGGAACUCUUCUGGGCGCUGUUUUCACUCAGCCGAGUGAAGGCCAUCACAACCUUACCAUUGACGUCGGUGCCGCCUCCAGAGCCUUCGGAGGAGAAAGUAGCCAGCUCCCAGCCGCCUCGUACCAGUGCUUAUGAUUUUUUAAAAAUCAUGUUUUAAUUACAAGUGUUUCUGUUUCAAGGAAGGACGAGUAAGUUUUACGGAAAAUGUGGUGACUUUAUUUAAAAUGGUUUUUUAACAUUAUGAGACACUUUUCAGACUCUUAAGUUGUUGGCCCUACGUUGAUUUUUUAAGUCCCUGUCUUUAUAACAUAUAACGUGAAGUGUCUUUACUGCAAAAAAGCCCAAGCACAAGUCCUCAGCAUUUGUUCUGUGGGAUAGCCUUGCUGGGGACAGAGGCUGGAGCAGUAAGCAAAUCUCUCAUAGGAUGACCACAGCCAGCACUGCAAGGGCAACACAGCGUUUAGAUAAAAGGACAAGUGUGUCAGGGGGAUCAAAACUUUCCAGGGUGCACAGGCUCGUCACAGAUAGGUCUUUUUUUUUUUUUUUUCUUGUUCAUGUAGAAGUCCACAGCCAUAGUUCCCUGGACUCUAGCUUUGUGAGGGAUUUGGUAAAGGCGGAGCCCAGCAGCAGCUGAGCAGGAGGGAGGAGAGAGAAGUCAAGGCAUUUAUUCCUCAGCUCCGUCACCCGUGAAGCUACCUCUGCUCUACCUGACUGAGUUCUGAUCCCCUCUCCCCUUGUGGUCCCUGCAGCUGUGGGCCCCAAACCUUGCACUCCUUGUGAUUCCCUGCACCCUGCUUUGUAAUUAGUCCUUUGGAAAAUAAACUGCCCAAAUUCUCCUAAUUAGAGUGUGCCAUAGUAAGUUAGGUCUUAAAUGUCCUUUUCAAAGGUUUUGAUCUUAGUAACGUGAACAGUGGGAAUGAGCCUAGUAAUGAUGUGAACAGGCUAACUGAAGGUUUGUAAGGGUCAGCGUUUACUUGAAAGAAAAGUAUCAGCUUGUCACUUGCCAGUCAUUCAGGCUUCUCAAAGGAAGGCCCUUUUCUACCCUCCAUUCCUGAAUGAUGGAAUCCCUGGUGGCGCAGUGGUUAGGAGCUAUGGCUGCCAACCAAAAGGUUGGUGGUUCAUAUCCACCAGGCAUUCCUUGGAAACCCUAUGGGGCAGUUCUAUUCUGUGCCAUAGGGUUGCUACGAGUCAGGAUCAACAGGUUUGGUUUUGGUUUUUGGUAUUCUUGAAUGAACCACACGCAGUCUCUCUACUGGAUUCUAAAUUGUCUGGCAAGUUUUGCUAUAUUUUUUAAAAACCUUGCUCUUUUAACACUGGUUCUUGUUAUGUUAAAACCUUCUAGGAAAGCUUAGCUGCCCCUCCUGAGCCUGCUGAGAACAGUGUUUCUAUUUAUAAAAGCAAAUACCUACCACUUCACAAUAAAACUGUAUUUUGUAAUUUGUGAAUACAUUUUUAAGAGGAAAAUAAUAAACCCGUCUGCUGUUA